UCACCGCACUGUUCCUUAGCACUAGUUCCCCUUUGGAGGCGGCCACAGCCCUCCCUCACCAGCCACUUCCGGUUCAGCUUCCUUGGCCCCACCCCACAGUCAGGCUUUGCUUCCCUGACGGGAACCUAACUGGCUCUACCCCUGCCACAUGCAAGAUGCUGUCCCUGCUGCUGCUGUCCCUGCUGUGGGCUGGGUCCCUGCAGCAAGAUCAACAGCUCAAGCUCCAAGUACAGGAGAAGGUGACAGUGCAGGAGGGCCUGUGCGUCCUGGUGCCCUGCUCCUUCUCCUACGCCUGGGGUCGGUGGUCUUCCCCUGCACAGUUCUACAUGUCCUGGCACCGGGUCAAGUACAGCCCAUACUAUGGUGAGCUUGUGGCCACAAACAACCCAAGACUUGUACUGAAGACAGAGAUCAAAGGUCGAUUCCACCUCCUUGGGGACAUCUGGACUGAAAACUGCUCCCUAAGCAUCAGAGGCGCACAAAAGGAGGACGCAGGAAACUAUGUCUUCAGAAUUGAGAGAAAGAACGGUGGAAAAAAUGUCUAUGGAGAUAAACCAGUGCAUUUGCAGGUGACAGAUGCUCCACACAAUCUCAGCAUCAGCCUUCUCUUCAGAAAUGACACAGUCCCCCAGAUUCUACAAAAUGCCUCAUCCCUUUCCAUCCUGGAGGGCCAGCCUCUACAGCUGACCUGUAAUGUGGACAGCUAUCCCCCUGCACAACUGAGCUGGUUCUGGGAGUCUCCUGACCUGAAUGUCUCCCUCAUCUCCAAUGCUCGGGCCCUGGAGCUGCCUCAUGUAGGGACCGCAGAAAGAGGAAAUUUCACCUGCCGAGCUCAGAAUGAUCUGGGCUCCCGAAAUGCCUCUGUGAGCCUCUCCGUGUAUUAUGCCCCCAAGCUGCUGGGACCCUGGUGCUCCUGGGAGGCUGCAGGUCUAGACUGCAGCUGCUCCUCCCAUGCCUGGCCAGCCCCAUUCCUGCGCUGGAGGCUAGGGGAGAGGCUGCUGGAGGGGAACAGCAGCAGCGCCUCCUUCACGGUCACCUCCAGCUCGGCCGGGUUCUGGGCCAACAGCUCCCUGAGCCUCCAUGGGGGGCUCAACUCUAGCCUCAGGCUCAGCUGUGAAUCCCGGAAUGUGCGUGGGGCCCAGAGCGUCACUGUCGUGCUGCUGCCAGGGAAAUCGGAACCUUGGGCAGGAGCCAUGGUUGGAGCCCUUGGAGGAGCUGGUGCCAUGGCCCUGCUCUGUCUGUGCCUCUGCCUCAUCCUCUUUUGCAUCAUGAAGGCCCGGAGGACUCAAGCAGCUGGAAAGUCAAAGAGAAUGGACGAUGAGGACCCUGUCAUGGAUACAGCCACCUGGGCCUUCAAGAAGCCCUGGCCAGACAGCCCUCAAACGCAAGCGCCCCCUGCUGGGGAUGCCUUGCCUCACCGGGAACAACAGGAACUCCAUUAUGCCUCUCUCAACUUCCGGGAGAUGAAGCUUUGUGAGGUGAAGUCACGAGAGACUCAGAACUGUGAGGCCGCAAGCAGCACAGAGUACUCAGAGAUCAAGACGAGCUAGUGAAGAUGCACCCAGGGUCCACCCUGGCAGGAGGGUGCUCAGCCUGUCUGGGGGAAAGGAGAAGUCAGGGACUAACUGUUGGAGCCUGAGGAGCUCCUGUGAUAGUAUCAACUUUACUGUUAAGAGCGUUCGCAGGUAGACCACGAGGACAGCUCAUGGGACUAGAGAGACUUGGGUCCAAACCCUCAACUCUAGGACUUUCUAAGCCAUUUUAUUAAACAAUUCAUUUCUCUGUGC